AUGGCGCUGUGCAAGUUUUUGUCCGUGCCGUUUUUGUUGGCCGGUGUGGUCGUCUUUGCAGUGAGUGGGAGCACCGGGGACCCUCUUUUCGACUGUCUCCAGGACGCAGACUACAACGACCUUCUAAGUUUGGUAGAAAACGGACUCCAGAGCUCACGGACGCCCCGACAUGUGGCUGUCGUUGGAGGAGGCAUGGCUGGACUCACUGCCGCCAUGUUUUUGGAGCAAGCCGGACAUAAGGUCACAAUUAUCGAGGCUAAUAACAGGAUCGGAGGUCGGGUGGACACGUUCAGGAACCUGCGGGAGGGCUGGUACGCAGAAGUGGGCGCCAUGAGGAUCCCCAGCUUUCACAAAAUCCUUCUAAACCUUUUAUCAAAGUUCAGAAUCCCACUGAACCCUUUUCUCCAAGAAGACGUCAACACUUUCCAUUUGAUCAACGGGAAACUGCACCAAACGAAGGCUGUGAAGAACGACUCUGGUGUCCUGAACUACACGCUAGGCGAAAACGAGAGAGGAAAGUCUGCGGCUCAGCUCUUUCAACAGGCUCUGUGGAAGGUGAGAGACGACUUGAAGUCCAUGGGCUGCGCUGCCAUGAUAAAUAAAUAUAACACCUACACAGUGAAGGAGUAUCUGGUGAACGAGGGGGACCUGAGUCGAGGAGCGGUGAGAAUGAUCGGGGACAUCCUGAACGAAAACAGCCUCUUCUACACGUCUCUGAUCGAGAUGCUCUACAUGCAGUUUGACAUCGCAGACGAUAUAGAAUAUUUUGAAAUUGCAGGUGGUUUUGACAAUCUCCCUCAGGCCUUUGCCAACACUCUCAAUUCUUCCAUCCUCCUCAACUCCAAAGUGAAAAGGAUCCAACAGACGAGCGGCAGCGUCACAGUAACAUACGAGGACCGGCUCAGGCCAGGCUCCAUCACUAACCUCACCGUGGACUAUGCUCUAGUCACAGCCACAGCUAAAGCUUCUCUCUUCAUCGACUUCCAACCGCCUCUUUCAGGAGACAAAAUGGAGGCUUUAAGGUCGAUCCAUUACACCAGCAGCACCAAAGUCUUUCUCAGCUUCAGAGAGCGCUUUUGGGAGCAGGAGGGCAUCAAAGGGGGCAAGAGCAUCACCGACCAGAUAUCGAGGUUCAUUCAUUAUCCCAGCCACAGUUUCCCUAAUACGACUGCAGGGGCACUGCUCGCAUCCUACACCUGCUCUGACGACUCCGCCCUGUCCCAAGGCAUCAGUGAUGACGAGCUGAUGGCUGUAGUGCUGGAGGACCUAGUCAAGAUCCACGGGGAGUACAUAAGACCUCUGUGGACAGGGGGGGUGGUGAAAAAGUGGGGGUUGGACCCGUAUAGCCUCGGUGCAUUUGCCCUCUUCACACCCUACCAGCAGGGGGAGUAUGCCAAUGAACUGUUCCAGAGCGAGGGAAGAGUGCACUUUGCAGGGGAACACACAUCGAUGCCUCAUGGUUGGAUUGAAACGGCAAUGAAGUCUGCCCUAAGAGCAGCACAAAAUAUUAACAGCCAAACACUUUAG